AUAGAAACAUACGUGACAACAACAGUACAGUAAUACAUUACUACAGGCGCAGUACAGGCGGGUACAUGAAAGCGAACAACAUGUGGGUGAUAGCGGCCCUUACUCUUGUCGGUGUGAUUUCUUCACCAGUUAUAUCACAGUCCUGUGGCGGAACUCUGACGGCCUCUUCUGGUACCUUCUACUCUCCAAACUACCCUUCCCGGUACCCCAACAACCAGAAUUGUCAGUAUGACAUCCGGGUACCAGCCGGGAACAAGGUCGUCUUGACCUUCGACGUGUUCCAACUUCAGGAAGCGUCAGUGUUCAGCACGGCUUGUAUGGACUAUGUGGAGAUCUAUGACCUGUUCGCACCCAGUUACAAUGUGGGCCGCUGGUGUGGUCAGGACAAACCGCCGGCCUACCUCAGCGCGUCAAACUCCAUCCUGGUCAGGUUCAUUUCUGACGGAGCCACGCGGAGAACGGGAUUUUCUGCCACUUACUGGACGACCACAUCUGGGUCUGUGUCCACGCCAGACACAACUGCAGAAAUCAACAGCGCCUCCUGCGGCACGCCAGAUAUUGCACCUUCUCUGACGAGGAUCAUAGGAGGGACUGGCGCUCGCCAGGGCAGCUGGCCAUGGCAGGUGUCUCUGAAAGACAGUUAUAACGGAGGUCACGUGUGUGGAGGGUCAUUGAUUGCACCGAACUGGGUCCUGACAGCAUCGCACUGCGUGGAAACGUCAUCUAACAACCCAUCACGGUGGACUGUACGUCUGGGGAGUCACACCAGGGAGGCCACGGACAGCACACAGCAGGACUUUUCUGUGUCUAGGAUUAUCAUGCACGAGAAUUACAACAUGGCGUCUCUGGACAAUGACGUCGCCCUGAUGAAGUUGAGCGGGUCCGCUGACGUCAGCACCUCUUACGUCAACACUGUCUGCGUUCCCGACUUCCCCUUCGCGUCUGGGACCGGAUGUUACGUCACGGGAUGGGGCACAACCGGAAGCGGCUUGUUAGCUACCACGCUGCAGCAGGCGUACGUGCCCAUCAUCGCCCGCUCCACCUGUAACCUGGGCUCCUGGUACAACGGCGCCGUCACCAACAACAUGAUCUGUGCAGGCCACGCCAUGGGGGACAUCGACUCCUGCCAGGGUGACUCUGGUGGCCCGCUGGUCUGUUCCAGCGGAGGGAAGUGGUACCAGGCGGGUAUCGUCAGUUGGGGGUACGGCUGCGCACAACCCAACCGUCCCGGCGUCUACACCAACGUCAAGAACUACGUCCAGUGGAUCCAGGAUAAGCUACAGCAACUUUUUCCAAGGGAAGAACUAGACGUCACCAUGUGGUUGUUGUGCCUAGCAGCUUGUGCCAUUGCCGUCCAUGCACAAACAGACUCCGGUUGUGGGUCUCCCCACGUCAUGGGCGGGGAGUCUGGGACCAUCAUGUCCAUGAACUACCCGUCCAACUACGACAACAACGCCGCCUGCGACUGGCAGAUCAUCGUGGCAGAUGGCAAGACCGUGUCCGUCACAUUUGAAAACUUCAACGUUGAAUCUCACUCUUCCUGUGGAUAUGACUACGUCGCCCUGUGGGACGGAGUGGAGGAUGCUACUGCAACCUACAUCGGAAGUUAUUGUGGGACAUCUCUGCCGCCCAGUGUGACGUCACUCGGGAACAGCAUGUGGAUCCGUUUCCGGUCCGACUCGUCCGUGGCCCGGCCAGGGUUCAAGCUGACCUACCAGGCCAGGGCGCCCAGUGUAGCUGCACUGGCUUCAGACUGUUACACCGGGAACUCCGUGGACUACCGCGGGACACUGGCCGUGACUCAGACCGGGAAGACGUGCCAACGCUGGGACUCCCAGUACCCUCAGUCACACAGAUACAACCCUGUGUUCUACCCUCAGUACGGGUUGGACGAGAAUUACUGCCGUAACCCUGACCAGGACUCAGGCGGCGUGUGGUGCUACACAACCGACCCUAACACCAGGUGGGAGUACUGCGACCUCAGCUCAGGAUGCGCUGGGGGUACCACCACCACUCAGGCUCCCACCACCACCACCACAACCGCUACCGGUACCGGUACAGGAGACGGUACCUGCGGUGUUCCCGCCAUUUCCCCCAUCCUGAGCCGCGUCGUGGGGGGUGAGGACGCCAGGCAGGGGAGCUGGCCAUGGCAGGUAUCGAUGCUGCUGUACGGCAGCAGCCAUGUUUGUGGUGGCUCCAUCAUCGCUCCCAACUGGAUCGCUACCGCCGCUCACUGUGUCGACAGUAACCGUUCCCCCGGCUCCUGGACGAUCCGUGUAGGCAGUCACCGCCGCCAGUCCACCGACUCCACCCAGCGGGACCACGCCGUUAGCAGGGUCAUCAUGCACGAGAACUACAACUCAAACCUUAUUGAUAACGACAUCGCCCUAAUGAAGCUGUCCAGCAGCAUCACGUUUGAUGACUACGCCAGUCCUGUGUGCCUGCCUACAGUUGACGUCACCGGCGGGACCAUGUGUUACACCACCGGCUGGGGUUCCACCGGCGGAUCCAGUCUGCCCAACAUCCUGCAGCAGGGUAAAGUACCGGUCGUGGACAGGUCCACCUGUAACAGUGGCAGCUACUACAACGGGCAGAUCACCAACAACAUGAUCUGUGCUGGCUACAGACAGGGAGGCGUCGACGCUUGUCAGGGUGACUCCGGCGGACCUUUCGUGUGUAACUACGGCGGACAGUGGACCCUGGACGGGAUCGUGUCCUGGGGUUACGGCUGUGCGCAGGCCUACAAGCCCGGGGUCUACACGCGCGUCACGAACUACAUCUCCUGGAUCAACAACAAGAUGGCGACCUACUAGAUCUACAGGCACACAGCCUCGCAAUCUCACACAGCCUCGCAAUCUCACAGAGAAAGCACAGAUGAGAUCGGGACACCGGUUGCCUGAGAAAAAAAAUAAAAGAACCAGUAGCCUACACUGAA